UACUCCUCAAAUCUCGCUCCUCCUCCUCUCUGUCUAUAUCAUUACUUAAAUUCGAUUUGGUUGCUUAACGGUUGAUUCACCAAUUCGCUUCGUCUCUGUUUUACUCGGAUCCGCUUCUAGUUUUUUGAUUUAGGGUUUGGAUUCGUUUUCUUCUUUUAGACAUAGCAAGGAAAUGACGUAGAAGAAAGGGUUUCAUUUUGCGGAUCUCUAAGAGCAUAAUAAUAAUAAUAAAAGUUUGGAACUUUAUGGAACUUGUUUGCGAAAAGAAGCUUCAACAAGCAAACACCACCUUUUGCUCCACGACGAUCAUCAACUGGGAUGAUUUAGUUUGCCCCAUUUGCUUGGACUCCCCUCACAACGCCGUCCUCCUCCAGUGCUCUUCUUACCAAAACGGAUGCCGUGCCUUCGUCUGCAACACUGAUCACCUCCACUCCAACUGCCUUGAUCGUUUCAUCACCGCCUGUGGAACAACAACAGACUCCCCUCCCCCUCCUGCUCCUGAUGGUGACACACUGUCUAAGGUUCUGGAAGAGAACUGCAAACCGGUGUGUCCACUCUGCAGAGGAGAGGUCACCGGGUGGGUGGUUGUGGAAGAAGCUCGUGUUCUUCUCGACGAGAAGAAACGUUCCUGCGAGGAACACCGGUGCAGGUUCACCGGUACUUACGCCGAGCUUCGGGAACACGCUAAGUCAGAGCAUCCGGACUCUCGCCCUUCCAAGAUUGAUCCGGCGAGGAAGCUUGACUGGGAGAAUUUCCAGCAGUCGUCUGAGAUUAUCGACGUGCUGAGCACGAUUCACUCUGAGGUUCCGAGAGGUGUGGUGUUAGGAGACUAUGUGAUUGAGUAUGGAGAUGAUGAUGGCACUGGAGAUGAGUUAGAGGAUGUUCCUGGCAAUGCAGGGAGCAGCUGGUGGACUUCUUGUAUUUUGUAUAAAGUGUUUGAUAAUAUAAGGAAUGCGAGGAGGAAUCGAAGAAGGUCGAGGAUGAUGAUUAAUGAGAGUAGGAGAGGGAGUCGCCGCUCUAGCUAUGAUAACUCCAACUCUGAUGAUAGCAGCAGCUCAGUAGCGUCGAUAGAGUUCCCUGUGUAUAGAGUAGAUGAGAUCGAUGAUGAGUUCAUCACCACCACCACAGGUGGAAUUAACACAAGUAGCGCUAUGCAUCAAAGGUUCUCUCUGGUUUACAAUUCAAGAAGGCGUCGUUCUCGCUUCUAUGCAAAUUAGGGUAUCAAUGCUGUCUCUACCUGUUCUAUCUUCUUGGAAGCAAAUGAAGCAGACCAGCCUACUCGUAGCCCAGUGUUGUUCUUGGUUUUGAACCUCUCUCUUCUUUUCUCGUCUUUCAAUACAAAUUUUAUUUUAGGUUUGUUUGUCUUGUGACAUGUACUGUUCCUUGUACAAAAACCAUAAACAGGAAAAAAAAAACCAAAAAAGCUUUUUUUUGGAUAUUGUACCA